GCCUCUCUCCUGGCAGGAAGCUGCGCUACGGGAAGAGGGAGGAGACUGCGGCCGCGGCUGUGUCUGGUGGGAGCCAGAUGUGGCAGUGCUGCUGCCGCCAACAGUGAGACUGAGAACCCAUGAGCCGAGUGCUGGGGAGACCGCCUCCAUCUCCACCUUCCUCACAGCGCUCCAAGAUACCUUCUUGCCUACGGAUCCUCCCCUCUCAGCUCCUGCAAGCACUCACCUCAUCGUCUGCUGAUCCUCUUUCGCCGCAGGUUCACAGCGGAGGCAGCGCGGCAAGGUGUCCCAUUUGGGCACGUGAGGCCCGUGAUCCCCGGACGUGGGGAGGUGGGCACUGGACUAGAAAACCGGAGGAUUGGGGUUGCCCCUUUCCUCCUCCUGCAGGCAUGAAGACCCUUCACAAAAAGGCAGCUGCAGAUCAGCAAACCAGGGAAACUGAUGAUCACCACAUUGGAUCUGCAAAUAUGAGGAAGAAAAAGACCUGUCAAAAGAAGCAGAGGGGCAGACCUUCAUCCCAGCUCCGAAGGAACAUAGUGGGCUGCAGAAUUUCACAUGGGUGGAAAGAAGGCAAUGAGCCCAUCACGCAGUGGAAAGGAACCGUUCUGGAUCAGGUGCCUAUCAAUCCCUCUCUUUACCUGGUCAAAUAUGAUGGAAUUGACUGUGUCUAUGGACUGGAACUUCACAGAGAUGAAAGGAUUUUAAAGCUUAAAAUCCUUCCUGAUAAGGUGCCAUGUUCUCGAGUCACAGAUGUGUGCCUUGCAAAUACCAUAAUUGGGAAAGCUGUGGAACAUAUGUUUGAGGGUGAGCAUGGUUCCAAAGAUGAAUGGAGGGGAAUGGUCUUAGCCCAAGCACCUAUCAUGAAAGCCUGGUUUUAUAUUACCUAUGAGAAGGAUCCUGUCUUAUACAUGUACCAGCUUCUAGAUGAUUACAGAGAAGGAGACCUCCGUAUCAUGCCAGAGUCCAGUGAGUCUCCUCCAACAGAGAGGGAGCCAGAAGGAGUUAUAGAUGGCCUCAUAGGUAAACAUGUGGAAUAUACCAAAGAAGAUGGCUCCAAAAGGACAGGCAAGGUCAUUCACCAAGUGGAAGCCAAACCCUCUGUGUAUUUCAUCAAGUUUGAUGAUGAUUUCCAUAUCUAUGUCUAUGAUUUGGUGAAAAAGUCCUAACUGUUAGGGUAAACUUUGCCACAUUUGUGAGAACAAAUGUAUACUUUGUAGAUGUGCAAAAUAAUGUUGCUUUUCAGUGUAUUGAAAGCUUAAGGGUCCCUGUUAAUUCAACAUCUUUGCCAGCAUAACUGUUGUUUUGUUUUGAAAAAUACAAAUUUAUGUGGACAUGACAUGCUGUGUGUAAGGACUUUGUCAUGUUGAAAAGAUUGGGUGUGUUUGGUGGAUGGGGCAUGAAAGGAAGGGACAGCUGUAAAUGCAGGCUGUGAAUAAAGUUCAGCUAGUAUCAUAAUCAGUCAUCUAAAAAUGGAAUAGGACUUAGCUGGUCUGGUCUAGAGAGGGGGGAGGAGAAGGAACUAGAGAUGGGCUGUAGAGGGAGGGAGAAGGGGAGGUGACUGCCUAGGAAGAGGUGGGGCAGGGCCAGAAAUGGAGAGGCUCCCUGGGGGAGGGAUGGCCUAAGACAGAGAGGCACACAACUGGGAGGGGGUGGAGAAUAACGGAGAAUGAGAUCUUGGGGCUUAGAGGAAAACAAACAGAAUGCCUUGAGUAGAGAGGGGCUCAACGUAACUUAGAGCAAGGUCUAGAGCAAGGUGGAGGGGGAGCGGGAAGAGGUAUUUGGCAGGAAUCUGGAGGGUACUCAAAGGGUCUGCAUGAAUAAGGAGCCAUGAGGAGAGGAACACUGAGGAAGACAGAAUUCCAAGCAGAAAGAUUGACAGAGGAAGUGAGAAUGCAGAAAAGGAGGUGUGGGGAAUGGGGCCCAGGAGACAUGGGAAAGCCCAGGAAAAAGUUGGACUUCUGGCAGUAUCCACAUUGCCUUCCCUGGCUCUGUGCAGAGAGGAUGUGACAGCUGUCAAAGAAGCCAAAUGAGUUGGAAGUUCCCUAGAAUGGCUUUUUUACAGGGAUGAGUCAAGACUUAAGCAGGAGUCAACUAUAUACCUAAAAAGCUUUUAUUAUUCCAGGGAUUUUAUGUCACAACUGCUCAGCAGAAGCCCAACCCUCAGCCUAUACACAUUUAGCAUGGCACCCCAUGAACACGGGGCUGUGGGUUGACUCCUCACAUUUCCCACAGGACCCAGGUGCAGUAAAUCUUGGACCUGAAGGUCCUGGUUCAUUGCCCCUGCAGGAUAAACAAUUAUUGUGAGGAAUGGAUUGAUGGGGCACUCAGAACUUAAAAGAUGUGCCACCUUGCAUUUUGAAAGUAUUUUAUGCAGAAGAAUAAAACCUUGAAGAACCGAGUUACAGCAAUCUCGUCACUCUUCUUUCUCCUACUGCACUGUGCCUUGCCUCCCUACACAAGAGGCGCAUCAGAGGACUGAGCCUGAUGUUUCUCUCCAGGGCAUGAGAAAUACUUGACAGUCCAUAUUUCUGUCAGCAGCUUCCUGAAACCACAGGUGGCAGCAAUCAGUGAUCUUCCAAGUAGAUGUCUGCUGCCCCCAAAAGCCCCAUUCAAGACUAUACCCCUACAAAUAAGGUGGCUGCUGACUUUUCACAGGUAGUCCUUGGCCAGUCUUGCCCACACCAAGCACACAAGAAAGCUAUGAUGGAAGUUUGUUUGGUUCUGUUUCAGGUGAAAUGAAUGGCAUGGAGCUAUUGGGCUACAAGCGGUGAUUUUGUAUAACUAAAUACUCAACUGUAUAAUGCCACACAGAGGGGUGGUGUUGGUGGGCAGAGGGUGCAAUAAUCCCAAUAAAAUUCCUCCAAGAUACUGUGUCCUAA